GUCAGGUCCCGGACGAGGAAGUAGCGGUAGGCAUUCAGGAGCAGACAGCGACGUGCGACUUGUUCGAUCCGAAGACUUCCAGAAACAACCCUGUCCGACACUAUGGCACAAGCAGACAUCGCGUUGAUCGGCCUGGCCGUCAUGGGCCAGAAUAUCGUUCUGAACAUGAACGACCAUGGCUUCGUGGUGUGCGCCUUUAACCGGACGGUGUCUAAGGUUCACGACUUCCUGAACAACGAGGCGAAGGGGACCAAGGUGAUCGGCGCGGAGUCCCUUGAGGACAUGGUCUCCAAGCUGAAGAAGCCGCGGAGGAUCGUCCUGCUGGUCAAGGCCGGCCAGGCGGUGGACGACUUCAUCGACAAGCUGGUUCCUCUUCUGGAGGCCGGAGACAUCAUCAUCGAUGGAGGGAACUCUGAGUACAGAGACACAACGCGCCGCUGCAGGAGCCUGGAGAAGAAGAAGCUGCUGUUUGUGGGCAGCGGGGUCAGCGGAGGAGAGGAAGGGGCCCGCUACGGGCCCUCUCUGAUGCCCGGGGGACACGUGGCGGCCUGGCCACACAUCAAAGACAUCUUCCAGAGCAUCGCCGCCAAGGUGGGCACAGGGGAGCCCUGCUGUGAUUGGGUGGGCGACGAGGGGGCGGGACACUUUGUGAAGAUGGUCCACAACGGCAUCGAGUACGGAGACAUGCAGCUGAUCUGUGAGGCGUACCACCUGAUGAAGGAGGUCCUGGGGAUGGAGCACGACGAGAUGGCCGAGGAGUUCAACAAGUGGAACAAGACCGAGCUGGACUCCUUCCUCAUCGAGAUCACCGCCAACAUCCUCAAGUUCCGCGACCCGACGGGCACCCACCUGCUGCCCCAGAUCAGGGACAGCGCCGGGCAGAAGGGCACGGGGAAGUGGACGGCCAUCUCAGCGCUGGAGUACGGCACGCCCGUCACCCUGAUCGGCGAGGCGGUCUUCGCCAGGUGUCUGUCCUCUCUGAAGGACGAGAGGGUGGUGGCCAGCCGCAGCCUGGCCGGGCCCUCGGGGGCCAAGUUCAGCGGGGACAAGGCCGCCUUCCUGGAGGACAUCAGGAAGGCCCUGUACGCCUCAAAGAUCAUCUCCUACGCCCAGGGCUUCAUGCUCCUCCGGCAGGCGGCCAAGGAGUUCGAGUGGUCUCUCAACUACGGAGCCAUCGCACUCAUGUGGAGAGGAGGAUGCAUCAUCCGCAGUGUGUUUCUGGGUAAGAUCGGGGAGGCCUUCGACCGCGACGCAGAGCUGCAGAACCUGCUGCUGGAUAAGUUCUUCAGCGACGCGGUGCACGAGUGCCAGGCCUCCUGGCGCAGGGCCGUGAGUGUGGGGGUCCAGCAGGGUAUCCCCAUGCCCUGCUUCACCACCGCCCUGUCCUUCUACGACGGCUACAGGCACGCCAUGCUGCCCGCCAACCUGCUCCAGGCUCAGAGAGACUACUUCGGAGCGCACACCUACGAGCUGCUGUCCAAACCCGGCCAGCACGUCCACACCAACUGGACCGGCACCGGCGGGAACGUGUCGUCCUCCUCCUACAACGCCUGAGGGCCGCCUCCCAGCGCGCCACGGGGGUCCAGAGCUGCCGCCCCAACGCUGACUGAUUUUAUUCCGGCUCUCGAACCAAACCGGGCCGCUCUCCGGGACCGCAUCCACCCCCCCGUCAUCAAACUGUAGGUUUUCUUAAAUAUUGUUGCGGUUUUAUUUAUGACCAAAGUGAAAUCCCGAGUCAUGCGUGUUUUCUGAAAUCAUAAGCUUGAGUUAAGGGCAUGUUCUGUUUGUGUGGUAACCAAAACACAGAUGGCCCCAGCGAUGUCCCCCCCCCCUUGCUAAACAAAGACUAGCUGGUUACCAGGCGGUGUUCACCAAUCAUGUAAGACCCCAGGGUUUACCAUGUUAACACUGGAUUAGGGUGAACCAUUGGAGUGAACUGUUUCAGGCUAAAUAAAGAAAUAAAUCCCUUUGUAAUAAGCUUGUUUGGUCCUAUCUGUCUUGGCAAGUGCUGUAAACGGGAUUAUGGAAGACGGGUUUUACCUCCAGUUAUAGCUUAGGGGCUAAAUACAGUGAGCCUCGUGUAAACUUACGAUAGACAAUCUAUAAAAAUAACCUGUUUGCUUACUACUAGACACAGAUGGUUUAACUAUGUUGUACAUUUAAUCUCAGCGAUGACUAUACAAAUUAGUACACAUGCAGGCUCUAAACAAAGGCACCCAGGUGAAAGCAUUUAGCCUCACAUGUCACGGUGUAAUUGUCCACUAGAUGGCUCUGUAUUAUUAAAUUUAUUACUGGUCGUUUAAAGAUAAUUUAAUGAAAGCAAAGCAUUGCUAUACUUAUUCAUGCGUCAUAGCCUACUUCAGUGGACCAAGUCCUGACGAACUUCCACCUUGCAAUAGGCUACUUAAACAAGCACAACUCUUUAAUACAUUUCAUUGGAGCCCACAGGUCACAUUUAAAUGUUUUAGUUCCCAAAUUAUGAUCUUGAAUAGAAGUUUGCAACAAUUCCAUUAUCCUAGAUAAAACCCAAACAUCAACUUGACCAGCAGGAAUACAUGCUUUCAAUUAAACCAUAGUUUAAAUACUAAUAAGAAUAUUUCCUCAGAUGAUAAGGCCAUUGAGUAAAGCAGCCCAACUGAUCAAAGUAAAGUUUAACAUUUCCUAAAAAAAAAAAGUCCUAGCAAAUCCAUUACAACCCGAUGCUAAUAAACCCACGUGACUAGCACGCCUAGACAUGCUUGACUUCCCCCGACGCGGGCUGGUUGUGACGCUCUACAAAUAUACACGUCUUCAAGCGCUCGAGCUCAAGGUGUAUUAUAGCACCACCUCCCGGCAAGGUGGGAGAACUACAACCUUGUAGACAAAUUGUAGUCCAAAGACCCAAGUCGUACACAGGCCUAUAAUGCGUCUCGGCCACACCGCUAGCACACUACACGGUAAUCUACAUUGAGAAAACCACAGGUUAAAAAUU